CCCCCACCCCAAGAUAUCCGCCCCUGCUUAGAAGUGCUUAAAACCCCUCCGAGCCGACCCUGAACGCAGCAGCAGCCUCCAGCCGGUGGAUGAGGAAGACUCUUUAAAAACUCCUGAGUUCACAACCCGAGGAACCAUCAGAGGAACCAGCAACAAUGAAUGUGGCCCAUGAAAUAGAUUUGCUGGUGCAGGAGAUUCAGCGGCUCGGCAGUAAAAAUGAUCUCGGUCAAACUACCGUGAAGUUCGGCGUGCUGUUCAGCGACGACCGCUGUGCCAACAUCUUCGAGGCGUUGGUGGGCACCUUGAGAGCUGCCAAGAGGAAGAAGAUCAUCAGCUUCGAGGGCGAGCUGCUCCUGCAGGGCGUCCACGACCAGGUCGACGUCGUCCUGCUGCAGGAAUGAGACGGAAAUCUGGACCAGGCGCUUUUCUACAGCAACUGUGGGUCUCACUGAAUCCUUCCAAAUUCUGAGCUUCUUGCCCCUGAGCUUCUGUUUCCAGUCAUCCUCCUCCAUGUUCACGUGCUCAAUAUUUGAACUCAAAACGCACAGAUUGCACCUCACAGUAUGCCACGUUGAGCAGACCCAGCUGCCAGGUCGGCAUAUUUGAGAGUUUUCAUGGGCUGGCAAACAGCCACAUUCAAAGUUUAAAAUGACUAAUAUCCUUGCUAUCAACCACGGGUCUGUGAUGUCACAAACGCACAAAUUGGGAGUGUUAUAGUUUUUGUAACGCAUUAAUUCAGGGUUUUCGGGUUUAUUUUUGGGUAAAUUACAGUAUAUGGUAAUUAUCACAACGAAAUGCCACUUUUACC